UGACAUCAAAAGAGCAUUCAAUUUAUUGGAUUUUGUUUGUUUUUAUAACUAUUUAUGAAAUCGAGAUAAUAUAUUAAAUUAAGAACUGAAUAUCAUACCGUAAGUCAUGGCAUAAAAAUUAAAUCUAAGAUAACGUUUAUCGACAAACUUUGAUUAAGGCAAUCUUUAGUCAACAAUUAAAUGUUUUAGACAAAAAUUGUGCAAUAAAAUAGUAAGACUUGGUAUUGAGUAAGAGAAAUGUCAACCAAAAUUUAGAAGAAAUUCAAAAGGAUGAGUAAUUUAAUCAAAAUAAUUUAUAACUUUAAAUUAAUUGAAGGAUGAUAUUAAAUAUUAUAUAUAUACCAAAAAAAAUCCCGGCUAGCUCACUGAGAAAAUGUCAUCUCAUCUUAAUAACCAGGCUUUAGGGAUUAGGAUUUGUUGCUGCAUAGUGCAAAGGUUGUAUUUUAAAAUUUGUGACAGUUAUAGUAGAUUCGACCACUCAUUUAGAUGAAGGGACUACGUGUCAAGUGUCAUAACCAAUUAAAAGACAUAGAUCAUACUUCCUAUAUAAAUUAGUUUUUAGAUUGUUUGUACAAUACAAUAUAAGGAAAACGACAUUGAUCUUACUUGCUAUACAAAACAAGCAAUUUGAUUAUUCCAAAGAAUAUGGUAUAUAAGUAUGAUGGUAUAAGGACAUCAACAUUUAUUAUAUGCAGACUCCCUACUCAAUAUUGGAAAUAACUAGUCAACCCCGGAUAGUUGUCUUGGACAAAUUUACAAGGCUUGGUACCAUCCUCAUCACCACUUCCUUGAUGCACAAGCGGGAAUCAGAUCUUCUUGGGCGUGGCAAGGUGUCUUAGAAGGGAGGUACCUCCUCAAUCGUGGACUUUGGUGGCAAAUAGGUUAUGGGGAUUCUGUUCGGGUACUUGAAGAUGUUUGGUUGCCUACCUCUCCUCCUUCUUCUCCCUGCUUACUAACGGGUAUACACACCAGUCCUCCUCGAGUUGCUGAUCUGAUCUGCAGCAGCACUCGAACUUGGAAACGGGACCUUCUUCUCGCUCUUUUCACUCCGGAGUCAGUUCAGACUAUUCUGAGUAUCCCCUUGUCUAUUCAACCGACUAUUGAUCGCCUCAUCUAGCAUUAUUCCCCUUCAGGGAAUAUACAGUAAAGACAGGCUACCACUUACUAACAGAUGAAUUGAAUGCUCGACAUUCUCCUGUUGGUUUGCCUUUUGGUUGCAGGUUCUGGAAGACGUUGUGGAAUCUGUUGAUGCCGCCUAAACUAAAAUUCUUCUUUUGGCGGCUGGUUAGAGAGUUUCUACCAAUACAAACAGUCCUCCUUCGCAAGACCUUAGUGGGGUCUAACAAUUGUCCAGUUUGCUCAGGAGGCCCAGAAACUUUUACUCACUGUUUCUUUCAGUGCAAGGUAGCUCAACCACUUUGGUCACUUUGUGGACUUGCAGGUGUACGCAGCCAGUUAGUGGCAAUGCAGCCGGAGGAUGCUUGGCAAGCCCUCUUCUUUUCCUUUCACCUCUCAAAGCUGCAUAUGUCGGAUGAAGUCUUCCUUUGCUGGAGAAUAUGGAAAGGGCGUUGUUGGGCAGUACAUGGAGGUAUCCAAUCUUUGCCUCAUGCUCUGUUGCGCCCAUACAGGAUCCGGGUCGAUGAAUGGUGUGCUGCUACUUAUGGACCGAGUGGACCAACGGAGACGUCGUCUUCUGCAACUUCAAGAUCUAUCCGUGGGCAGCAGCCUGUGAUGUCGGGUGUUUUGUCAUCAAGGUCGGUCGCAUCCUUUCAAGCCCCCCCCCCCAAGCUUUCCUAGUUCGCUACGAUGGAGGAAUCAAGCGAAAUAGGAGUUGCAACAUCGGUUUUGCUGGGUUUGAUCAACAAGGCGCACUUGCUUUUGCGUGGGGUAAGUUUUAUGAGACUAUCAAGAUCCUUUCAUUAUGAACGCUUGGCGCUUCGUGAUGCCAUGAAUUGAUGCCUGACUCGGGGUAUUUUAUUUGUCAAAUUUUUUGUGGACUCCCAAUUGGUGAUCGCUCGAGAGUUGGCUGGGGAGCGGAACCAUGCCACGGGAGAAGCUAUCUUGAAGGAUAUCCACCGACUGGCGAAAUCCUUUGAGUUCUGUUCGUUUACUUAAGCUCAUCGCAUCUUCAACAGGGCCACCCAUUUUGUGGCAAAACAAGCCCUUUUAUCGGAGUUCGACUAUUUGGUUGACUUCCACACGAUGUUAUUUUCUGUCCUCUGACUUUUUGAUUGUCUUAACACUCAUCUGUCUAUGUUAAAAAAAAUUCCCUAUGCAUAGGAUAGAAGGCCGACAGAGUAGGGUAGAAAGAGAGGUAGGUGAAGGGCAAUUUCAAAAUAUUUACCUCUUGUUUCCGAAGGAAGAAAAAUUUGGAGGGGGAGAUUGUGGAGGGGGAAGGAAAUUGUUGUUUUAUUGAGGAAAUUGCAAGGAAAGUAAGCGAGAAAACGUAUAUUGGGAGGUGUGAUAAAUAUAUUAUUUUAUUAUUAAUAUAUUUACUAGCUUUGGGCCCGCCCGAUGGGCGGUUUAAGUUGAAAGUUGAGCACGGCAUUACACAAUGCGCCGUAUGGCAUAACUAAGAUGUUUUGAUUGCAUACAAAUUUAUUGAUUUUUUUAUUGUUUGUUUGUAUUUGGCUACUCUAGUUCUUAAGAUUAUAUGAUGGGAAAAAAAUAUUAUUUUGUUUGGUAGACGAAAAAGAAUAAUAAACCUGGUUCAUAGUUUGUUGGAGAAAAGAAGGUUCUAACUCCAUAUUUAUAUUUAUAUGUAACGAAACUUAAAAAAGCAUGAAUUCAUCAACAAAAAUGUCUCAGGGCAGUUUAAAUACGCAAGAAGAGAUUUAACACCAACAGUGUGAUGUAUGCUACACUGCGAACUCAUGGUAUGAUCAUGAGUUUAAACAUUGAUACCUUUUUGUGUUGAAAUAUCUCAAAAGGGAGAGAUUUAACCAACUCCAAUUAACAAAAGGACGUCUCAUAAAAUAGCUAAAUGGACAAUCCUAAACACAUACAACAAUUAAUAAUGAUCAAUUCGAACCUGAAUCAUCAAACCCACAAUAACUCUACAAAUGAACAUACAUGGACAUCUCUUAGAUGGUGUCCUACCUAAAUUAAUAUGCCAUAGAAGAGCAGCAGGUGUCCUACCUAAAUUGAUCCUUACAACUCAAAGUUUAUGUUCCUCUAAAAUAAAAGAACCUUGGAUCAAAGGACAUGAUAGAAGCUAUAGUGUAGCCUUCAUCACAUCGGAAGUAAUAUGAUCCACAAAUUAGUAAGUCUUGAGUGGUAGAUAUGUUUUGUUGCCGAUCAUGAAACAAAAGUAAUCAAAAUUCGUUUAUCAAUAAAACAAAACAUGGCAAACAUCAUAGCAAAAGACAGCAUCCUUAAUUAACUGCAGAGAUUAGACUUUACCUAAACAAUACCAGCAGUUAUGAGAAGAAGAUAGGAGGAAAUGUGGACAAAGGAAUGCAUAUUGUAUUGUGAUGAACCAAGGUAAAUAAAAAUUGGAUGACUAACGAAGAGGACUUUUGUUGAUUGGUUCAUAAAUCUAACUUUUCGGCAAGCGCAUCAUAGCGAGUAUAUAAGAAUCGCAAAUACCAUGGUCUGUUUCAUUGAACUCCAAUAUCUAUAUAAUAAAACAGAUACGUACGUUGACGAUAAAACUUACCUGGAUUUGCAGGGACAAAGAGAAGACGGUAGGUUUGGGUUAUCAGUUUGGAACUCCAGUAAAUCAAUGUGCAGAAUGAAGGCUAGGAAUUAAUAGCAACAAAAUGGAGUAGUGGCUCUAGUGCAACGAAAUUAUGAACAUAACUUAAGUGGGUAUGCUUUAAGGGUGUGAUUUUCUACCUACGUCUGGCACUAUUUUGGCCGAAUUUGAUGGCGUGAUUGGGUGGCUUUGCUGAAGGCCACUUCAGGCUGUGGAGGAGGCGAAGUGGUGCGGUAAUCCCUUCGAGCGAUAUACACACACACACAAUACAUGACCGAGGAAGGCGGGUCGAUGUGGAAUUCUGGAGUAACAUAUGGUUGUCGCCUUUAUCUGGUAAAAAAGGGUAAGUGCAGAUAUAUGUCAUGCCGAAGGCGGCGAAAGGUUUCUGGUUUUGCCGCUACAGGGACUAGCGGAGGCCGGGGAUGAACCAUAGUCGCCAUUAAUAAUGAAGGUAACGAUGUUUAUGAGACAAAGGUGUAAUCGAGCAGUGGGAAAGAGGGGGUUCCCCGACGGGAUGGGGAGAGAACGAAAAUUAUCGGGCCCAGAUGUGUCAUUGGUAAGAUUAACAAAGCGCCGGCCAUGGGGAAGAUUUGGGGGGGGGGGGGUAAUCGUGGGGAAAGAGAAAGGGAAAAAGUUCAUGUUAGUCGAAUUUGGUGGGGAGUUAUAGCGCUGACGUGGAGACAUAAAAUUCUUGGAAGGUGUACGUGGCAGGGGUGCUAAAUAGAAAACGGUUUAAUAUUUUUUAAGAUAGUUCAGAGAUGGGUUUGUCUCAAACUUCUUGCUUAUUAUUAGUUGAGAGAUGGGUACCCCAUGGUUAGAUCCUAGCUGAGUCCUUUGUGAGAGAGUUGUAAGACCGUCUUUGGUCGUUAAUCUAUCUCACCUAUAAGUUAGAUCCAGCCUUUGUUUACCUUCUUUCCUCUAGUCAUGAGUUCGAUUUUUAGACCUUCCUCUUCUUCCUCUAAUUCUGACAUCACCGGGAACCGUGUGAUCAACCAAGAAGAAAUUAAUUUUGAAACUGUUAGGAAAGAAAUUGAUAAUUGGCAAAUUCCUAGGAUUGCCCAAAAGGAAAUUUAUCAGCAAAGCAAAUUUAACUUCCUCAAUAAAAUGGAUUAUACCAUCAAAACCGAAGAAAGAGAUAUUCAUAUUUUCAAUGAUUAUGAAACCAUCAAACUUUUGUCUCAAAAUUCUAUUCAACAACACAAAAAGAAGUACAACUAUAUCCAUAUUGGGUUAGUUCAAGUAGGGAUUAAGCCUCUAUCCAAAGAAGGCCUUAAUACUGAUAUUUUAAUGGUUUUACAAGAUUGUCAGUUUCUUGAUUUUAACGACUCUUUACUUGGAACUGUUGAAUCAAGUCUUUGUAAUGGC